AUGAGUCAUCGUUUUCUGGUAGAUUCAUCGUCGUCGGAGGAGGAUGAUGACGACGAACUCAUUCUUGCUACACUACACCAAGCACACACUCAAUAUGCGCUUUUGAAUGCUGCACGACCUGGGGGUUCUGUGCCUGGACGUCAGUAUAUCAACCGCAACAGAGAAGCCGGGCAUUGGAGGCUAUACGAAGACUACUUUUCAGAUGCUCCUACCUACAGUCCAACUUUCUUUCGUCGCAGGUUUAGAAUGUCUCGUUCUCUAUUUCUUCGCAUACUGCAAGCUAUAGAACAACAUGAUGAUUAUUUUGUGCAGAAAAGAGAUAGAAUCAGACGUCUUGGGUUAUCUCCUUUGCAUAAGAUAACCGCAGCAUUUAGGAUGCUAACUUAUGGAGUAGCAGCAGAUGCUACUGAUGAUUAUAUUCGGAUUGCAGAAAGUACUGCUGUAGAGAGUCUUAAAAGGUUUGUGAAAGCUAUUGUUGAAAUCUUCGGUGAUGAGUACCUGAGAUCCCCAAAUGAUAAUGAUACAGCUAGAUUACUUGCAAUUGGAGAGCAAAAGGGUUUUCCCGGUAUGCUUGGGAGCAUAGAUUGCAUGCAUUGGAAGUGGAAGAAUUACCCUGCAGCAUGGCAAGGAUCUCACAAUGAUAUUAAUGUUCUGCACCGUUCUCACCUAUUUGCAAAUCUAGCUGAAGGGCACGCUCCAGAAGUAAACUACACCAUUAAUGGUCAUAAUUAUACAAUGGGGUAUUACCUUGCAGAUGGCAUAUAUCCUCAAUGGGCCACAUUUGUUAAGCUAAUACCAUCUCCACAAGGGAAUAAGAGGAAAUAUUUUACAAAAGUACAAGCAGCGGUGAGGAAGGAGGUUGAAAGUGCCUAG